GUUUCGCGCCAGUCCGGCGAAACGACGCAACGCAGGCAGGCAAGUGGCAUCAACACGACGCCGGGAGUCGAAGGAUGGACCAUCAUGACGAGCCUGAAGCAAGAGCGUCAGAGUCUCUCAUGGACGGGUCUCAGACAGAACGAACACGAGGGACGUUUGGUGGCCGACAGCGAUGGCUGCUUACGGGUGGAGCCAACAUCGACAGCAAUUCCGUGAGUUCGCCAAAGAAGAGUACAUCCAAGAGCAAAGUGACCGCCCCGUCGGUGCAAUCGUUCCUAGGAUCGCUGGGCAUUGGUCUUGGCGAGGAAUUGCAGAUGGUGGACAAGGAAGCAAACGAAGUCGCCGCGUAUCGCCGAGUGCGAACCUUGAUAUCGUUCAAAGGCUGGAUAAACACAAACUGACAAUGGGAGUAGGAGUACGACACUGUUCGCAGCAACAACAUGAAGAAGGAACACGAAGUCAAGAAACUGCAAGAAUCGCUGCAGGAAGUCACGUCGCUCUUGUCGAGCCGCAAAGUGGACGGCAUGACGAUUCAAUCCAAAGCCAUGAACCUCGAAAACCGAUCUGCGUCGAUCGAAAAUAAACUCGAAGACGAGACCGCCGACAAAGGCGUGUACACGCACAUGAUCCAACGGUUGUCUAUUGAAGUGCAAGCAGGGAAGAAGCAGAGCACGCGCAAGGAGAAGGAACUUCAAAGCCUCGACAACGACCUCGCCGCGGGGAACGCGACGCUGCACGCGGCCCGGCAAGAAAAGUGCGCAGCGGAGGCACUGCAGAAGAAGCUGGCCAAGGGACUCAGCGACACUCGGGACGAGAACGCGCGGGCGCUCGACGACUUGCACUUGGCAAUAGACACGACGCGGAAGAAGCACGAACUGCACGAACAACGCGAGACCAGUCGGCGCAAAAUCGCGCAAAACGUGACGGGCGAGCAGUCGGCGCGGGAAAUGAAGCGCCUUCGCCAAGAAAGCCAGACGCAGGCGGUCCAGUUCACGCAAAUUCAGAACGAGCUCAUGACCACGGACGCCAAGCUGCUGACUCUGGAGGCGGACCUGCGACGAUUGAGCGAGGCCGCGGGCACGAACGACAUUGACAAGAUCAUUGCCAAGUACUUGUCGCGGGAAGAAACGCUGCGCAACCUCAAGGAAGAGCACGCGAUCACAGACGCCAAGAUGCGCAAACUUCGAGACAACUACAAGCAACUCCAGGAGCUACUCGCGACGCUGCGGGGCGCGACCAUGAACACCCGCGGCAUCUACCAGGAAAUGGACGACACGGCCGAGAAACUCAAAGACAUUGAAAAAAACGCAUCUGCGUUGCAAGAGCGGUGCAAUCGCGCCAACGUGUUGUUGGAUGCGUUCCGGUCGUGCAUGAUCAAAUGCAUGGCCAAGCUCAGCACCGUGCGCGGCUCCCUUGAGUUGGACACGGACGUGGACUUUCACCGGGCGAACGAAACCCCCACGACAGAGCUCGUGCAUUUGGUGGAGCAAAAACUCGGUCGCAUUCUGGACGUGAUCAACCGCGAAAAGGCCGAGCACGAACUGCAUCGGUCGGAGGCGAUGAACGCCAGCAGCCACGGGGGCGGCAUGGCGGGCGGAGGAGACGACAAACGCAACAGCAGCUUGGCCCAGCCGUCGCCCAGCGAGACCGAAGAGCACUUUAUCCUGCGCGUGUCUACCGCAGACAACUCACAAGGCAACAUCCGCGUACGCCCCAAGAGCCAGCCCAAGGGCUCCAAAGUGGCCAAAAUUCUGCGACACAGCUCCCAGCGAGACUCGAUCGUGAUUCCCAAGGACAAGGGCCGGGACGAGGACGACGUGGCGGCAACUGUCGCUGCCGUGGCCACAGAAGACGACCCGAUCAUUGACCGAAGCAUGCGCAAGAAGCUCGUUGGACUGGUCCUCAAUCGCGGCAAACGCGUCAAGAAAGGCACGACCAACAACGACAAAGUGUAAUUUCGUGCCAUUAGAAACACAGUAAACAGACCUCCUAACUCUACCACAAUCAACCAUAGUAAUCUCUCCCGA